GCUCUGAGGCCGGGGGAUGCGCCGCCGCCGCCGCGACCAUGGGCGCCGCCGCCUCCCGGAGGAGGGCGCUGAGGAGCGAGGCCAUGUCCUCGGUGGCGGCCAAAGUGCGAGCAGCCCGAGCAUUUGGCGAGUACCUGUCCCAGAGUCACCCUGAGAAUCGGAACGGUGCAGACCACCUGCUGGCUGAUGCCUACUCUGGCCACGACGGGUCCCCCGAGAUGCAGCCAGCCCCCCAGAACAAGCGCCGCCUCUCCCUCGUCUCCAACGGCCGCUAUGAGGGCAGUCUCUCAGAGGAGGUCAUCGGUGGAAAACCGACCGCUGAGGGCCCCCAGCCCCGCGUGUACACCAUCUCCGGGGAGCCUGCCCUGCUGCCCAGUCCCGAGGCCGAGGCCAUCGAGCUGGCUGUGGUGAAGGGGCGGCGGCAGCGGGAGCGGCACCCCCACCACCACAGCCAGCCCCUGCGUGCCAGCCCAGGGGGCAGCCGCGAGGACGUCAGCAGGCCCUGCCAGAGCUGGGCAGGCAGCCGCCAGGGCUCCAAGGAAUGUCCCGGGUGCGCCCAGCUGGCCCCUGGUCCCAGCCCUUCCCCUCGGGCCUUUGCGCUGGACCAGCCACCUCUGCCGGAGGCCACCAGCCGCCGCAAGAAGCUGGAGAGGAUGUACAGUGUCGAUCGUGUGUCUGAUGACGUCCCCAUCCGUACCUGGUUCCCCAAGGAAAACCUCUUCAGCUUCCAGACAGCAACCACAACUAUGCAAGCCAUCUCGGUGUUCAGGGGCUACGCGGAGAGGAAGCGCCGGAAACGGGAGAAUGAUUCCGCGUCUGUAAUCCAGAGGAACUUCCGCAAACACCUGCGCAUGGUCGGCAGCCGGAGGGUGAAGGCCCAGACGUUCGCCGAGCGGCGCGAGCGGAGCUUCAGCCGGUCCUGGAGCGACCCCACCCCCAUGAAAGCCGACACUUCCCACGACUCCCGAGACAGUAGUGACCUGCAGAGCUCACACUGCACCCUGGGCGAGGCCUUUGAGGAUCUGGACUGGGAGACCGAGAAGGGCUUGGAGGCGGUGGCCUGUGACACAGAGGGCUUUGUGCCCCCCAAGGUCAUGCUCAUCUCCUCCAAGGUGCCCAAAGCCGAGUACAUCCCGACUAUCAUCCGCAGAGAUGACCCGUCCAUCAUCCCCAUCCUCUAUGACCACGAGCAUGCAACUUUUGAGGACAUCCUGGAGGAAAUAGAGAAAAAGCUGAACAUCUAUCACAAAGGGGCCAAGAUCUGGAAGAUGCUGAUUUUCUGCCAGGUAGGACUCCGUCCCUUUCUGCCGUGGGGGUGGGGGGUAUUGAGAAUGCAGGCUUCGUGCAGACGUGUGUGA